GCCGGCGACCCGCGCAUGGGGGACGCUGGCGUCGUCGGACGGUUCUCCGCGGUGCACGCGCAGGCCGCUCGGCUCGCAGCGGUGCCGAGAGGCUCGACGGCGGGGCCCGCGAGGGCAGGCUUGAUGUCGAGCUGGCGUGUCGCGGACACGGCGCGGCAGAUGGACGAGCAUUGCGGUGCAGGCCCCGACAUCGGUUCGGCCUCGGCUCGAGCUUCAAACUCGGCCGCGGGCAUGCGCCAGCUGGGGGCGUCCUCGCGGCUUUCGGCCCGCAGCGCUGUCGAGGCGCGUGGCUUCGCGGCGCCCGUCGGGGGCGCGGUGGCUUGGGGGCGCAAGCUGCGCGGCCGCGCCCUUGAGCUCGCGGAGGGGCUCGACGGCCGGGGCCUCAUCAGCGGCGCGUCGCUGGAGCUGGCUGCGCGCCUAGUGGAGCAGAUCGAGCGGGCGAUGCGGGCCCGUCCGAAGGCGCCAUGCUUCGAGGGACUCCUUCGCAUGAUGGAACGCGUUCAGGGCGAACGUGGUCGAGCGCAGACACGGGAGUUCACGGCGCGCGCACCGUGGCAGGCGGUAGUGAAGGUUCGGGUGAUCGAGCAGAACUGGUUGCGUCGGGAGGAGCUCGAGGCGAAGCGGAAGGAUCGCGACAAGAACAGGAAGGGCGACGAG